CAACCUAUUCGUUUCUCUAGUCGCGUCCCGUUUACCAAGCGAGUAGAGACUAUCUGUGCAUUCCAGUCGAAUUUUCCGCGUCUUCGUCUACUUUUUGAAGUUUUCGCACCGCUUCGGGUGGUUUUUCUCCGAUAAGACUUGUGUUUCGAAGUGACCCAGGGUCCAAGAUGGGAACAGCGAUCUUCGGCCUGCUUCUAGGAGUAGUUUUGGCCUUCAUUAAUACAGCAUCAUGUCAACCGGAACCACCGGAACAUCUGGAUAUUAUGCCCCGUUUCGUAGUGGUUUCGAAAGCUAUAGGAGAAAAGAUGGCACUCACAUGUAAACCAGUAGUUCGAGAUACAAAACUGAUAACGCAAAUCGAGUGGUUAGAUCCGAAGAACAGAAGAAUUGACUCCAACAACAGAAACCACAUGUACCUACAGAAUCUUCCAGGAGAUAUUGGUUUGAUGGUUGUUUUCCCCUCUCUGAGGACCGAACACGCCGGUACUUACACUUGUGUCGCAAAAUAUGCUAACUCAGUCGAGCUGAAGAACAAUGUCACCUUGGAAAUUUAUGAGGACAUAACCUUCGUAAACGCUCCACAAAAUCAAUACCCUAUAAUUAACACCGAUUACACCAUCAAGUGCGAAGUUAAAGGAAACCCUUAUCCCACUGUGGAUUGGUAUAAGGACGACGUUAACAUUGUAACCCAAGAUCGAUACAUAGUUGAACAACAAGGACUCACCAUAAAAAAUGUCAGGGAAUCAGACGAUGGUGUUUACAGAUGUACAGCCGUUGUCAUUUCUACUGGACAGAUUAAGUCUACAGAAAUUAAGGUUGAAGUGCUCAUUCCUCCCAAAAUCGAGCCAAUUCCAACAGUAUCAGUGACAGAGGGGGAUUCGGCCUCAGUGAAAUGUAUCGCUAGUGGAAAACCACCACCAAAAUAUACCUGGAUCAACGUUGGCACCUCUGAGGACUUGAGAAAAGCAGACAGAUUCAACGUCAAGGAAAUAAAUGGAGAACUACACAUCAGCAGGGUUGAGUUCAACGAUCAAUCUUUGUACAAGUGUGUGGCAACAAAUGAGGCUGGUCAAGCUGAAACCACUGUAGAUUUCAAAGUACUGGUUAAACCACGCAUUUUCGAGCUUAUCAAUGUAACUGCUCCAAUCCACACAGAAACCAAAAUAAUCUGCAAGGCCCAAGGCAGACCACCACCGAAGGUACAUUUCCAGAAAUUGAGUAACAAGGCUCCAUUCGACUUUGGCAAACAACCUUUGGACAGCAGAAUCACGUUGGACCAUCAGAUAAUAACAGACAAGGGGGAAAGCAUUGGAACACUGGUCAUUUCUAAUUUGAACAGAUCUGACGAUGGACUGUACAGAUGCAUUGCCGAAAAUCCAGCAGGGACAGCCCUCAAAAACGGUCACAUAACAGUGGAAUUCCCCCCAACAUUCGAAAGGACGAAGAACCGACCACCAACCUGGACCUGGGGUAGACGACCUGGCAACAUCUCCUGCAUCCCGGAGGCCAUACCCAAUGCAACGAUUGUAUGGAAACACGGUGGCAUCGAAUUAAAAGAUUCGCCAAACUUCAAAAUCGAGGGUACUUCCCCCGUAUCCAACCUCAUCGUUUAUCCUGGCAACGAGAAGGGUUUCUAUUCCGCUUAUGAAUGCGUGGCCACAAACAAGUUAGGGCAGGAUGUGAUAUCCUUGCAAUUGCAGCAGGCAUACAAGCCUCAGAUGAUACAGCAGGCCAAGACACAAAGUAUCACUGCCACAACCAUCAAGUUCAGGGUGGAAGGGCCUCCACUAGAGGACGGUUUGCCGUUGAAGACCCUCACUGUGCAGUAUAAACCUGAGAGGGAGAUGACUUGGGAUUACGCCAGGAAUCACACAUGGAGUUAUGGAGCCCCGUACAUCUUGGAGGACCUACUGCCGGAAGUAACCUAUAAUUUCCGUUUUGCCGCCCGCAAUGAUGUUGGAAUAGGCGCUUGGAGUAACCAGGAGACUAUCUCGAUGCCGAGGAGGUCAGAACCGGCCGAACCUAAAAUCCUGCUGCCAUCUCACAGUUACAUCGAUGAGAACAGCAGCAGCAGACAGGAUUUGGUAGCGGUUAGUCCUUAUGCUGAUCGUUAUGAUAUGAGGUGGAACGUACCUAACAGCAAUGGUGAUCCGAUCAUACGGUAUAUUAUCAGAUAUUGCCAGACUGAAAAGGUAAAUGGCGAAUGGAGAGAUGGGGAAUGCAGCGAAGAAAUCGAGCAGUCCGUCCAAUACACUCAGUACGAAUUGACGAAUUUAUUUGCAGACACCGUCUACAAAGUAGAGUUGAGGGCAGAAAACGCUAUUGGCAAAAGCUCACCAGCCCAGAUCAGAAUAAAAACAGCUAGAGGUGGGGUACCAUCGACUUACAGUUCGGGAUGUACAAGUAACCUCCCUUUACCCUUGGAGAUGGCAUUGACUUUGUUACUAGUGUUACGUACAAACUCUUUGAAAUGGUGCUUAAAAUAAAUGAUUUGGAUAUUGGGAAAUUCGAAUACAGGGGUUAAAUUGUGUGUUCUGAAUCUUUUUCAUUGGUGUGAAUAAUUAGGUGGCAUUUGUUAUUUGAACUUUAAGGCAUAUGCAGAUCUGCAAGUUACCUGUUGAGCAUGUUAGUUUUGAAAACUACCAUAGCUGGUCCAGGGAGAGUGCUUCGUUGUCUGCUAAUUUGCAUGGAUUCUAUCUCCUCUUUCUUUCUCAAUGGAUUAUUUUCAUUAUAACAUAUUCAUCAAUAACACCAUUAAUUCUUCAAUUUUCAGUUAAUCAUCUUACCAUACUUCCAAAUUGCUGUAACUAACACAUAAUAAAAUAUUUUGCCUAGUAACAUCAAGCUACAUUUCAAUCCAAAAAUUUCGUAUGCUAUUUAUCAAACAAUUGCUCGUUUCAACUUAGCUGUUUCAACAAGUAUAAAGUUUAAAACCAUUGUGUGCCUUUAAAUUGGAAUUAUUUCCUUUUGAUUCCGAAGUAUAUGAAAUAGACUUGGGUUUCCUUAUGAUAAAUUUCACUUAUUUGCAGAUUUGCAUGAUUGAAUUUUCAAGCUUUAUUUGCAUGUCUGUUGGUAUGACAAUGUUUUUUUUUUUAUAUGGGGCAGCUGUUAUGUAUUGAAUCCGUUUUUAUUGGCUUAUGAAAAAUAUUUCUGUUGCUUUACCCUAGAAAAUCAAGCAUAUGAUAUGGGAUAUUUCAUGUCAUUUCCAAUUAAUUUUUUGUUUCAAAGUGAAGGAUCCUAUAUUAUUUUGCUUUGAAUUAGCAUGUUACCUUAUAAUGUAUAUUUAACAAACAAAAAAUUUCAAAGUAUGCACAUUUAUCAUUUUGCCUAUGGGAAAAUCGGCUCAAACUGGAAAUGUGGAAGAAAGUUCCGCUGUAUUCAACUACUUUCAACAUAAAUUCUUAUUAAAAAAAUGAAAUAACGCAUAAGCGAAAAUUUCUAUGAAUCCUGGUCAAUCGAUGUUAUUUCAAGUAAUUCUGUAUGAAUCUUAUGAUUGAAAAGACUAUAAUUACUUGGAAAAAUUUCGAGUAUCUUGAAAAUACUCAAACAUUUCACCAGAUUUGAUUGUUAUAUCUCAGAAAUAACAUUAAAGCCAUCUGAAAGAUUUAUGUUGAAAUGCUCUGAGUAUAGCUACUUCUCUAUUCAGUAUUUAUAUUGAUGGAAUGAUUGAAAACUAUUUAAACAUCUUAGAAAAACGAUUUUCGACGAAGUGUUCAAACUGUGUUGGGACUUAUAUGAAUGCAUUUUAAAAAUUUAACUGUUGUUUAAUGUUUGUGUCAAAAAUGCACAUAGUUGUGCUCUGACUGAGAUUUUUACAUAUUUAUGUGAAAGAGUGUUAAUAAUAGGUAUAAAAUUGAAGAGUUAAGUUUUUACCUAGAUAUGAAAUAAUUUUAUCGAUAUAGUGUAUAGAUUAGAAACAUUAGUUGUCAAAAUUCAGCAGUAUAAGAAUUUAACGAAAAUGCAUAGUUGAAUUAACUAUGGUCUUGUUUUUGUAUUCUAUACUAAUAUUUCUUCGUAGUUUUUUCCAUCAUUAUUGUGAUUUUAGUGUGAUAGUUUGAGGAAUUUGAACAAAACUCAAAAACUAGCUUACUGACAUCAUUUUCCCAUUAGAACAGUUCUCUUGAUUAUUCCAUUUUGAUUUAUAUAUGUGUAUAUCAUUGCAUUUUGAAAUGUAGAGUUUUGUUUUAAUUUAUUAGUUUUGUGUUGUAUAUGUACAAUGGAGCAUGAAUUAAAUCGCAUGUAUCAUUAAAUGUUGUUGCCAACAACUUUCAUACUUACAAAUUUCAAAGAUUGUUGAAAUAUUAUUUUCCUUUACCGAGGAUAGUAAGCGGAGAAAACCUCAUUCAAUUGAUUGUGAACAUGUUUGAAUGAAUUUAAAUCAUACAGUUUUCUUAAAUUCACAAGUGUUGCUCAAAUACUAAUUACACAAAGCAUUUUAAACUUUAAUCUACAUAUCUGUGUAAGUGUAAGGGUUGUUUUUCGAUUCUAAUGAACUCUUUUUAUAUCCUGAACAUGAACUCAAUUUGUGGAUAUUUUAAGUUAAGAAAACAAUGUAUAAAUUAACAGAACAGUUAAGAUGUCAAUAUGAAGUUGAAUUAAAUCAUGGAAUAGA